AUGAGUGAGGAGUUAUCAGUGUCGGUUAACAGUGGGGGCUUCCCAAGAAUUGUAAACAAAGCUGUAUUCAAAGAGGCUUAAGAAGCUUCCGUUGUGAACGAAGGAAGACAUUCAUAGAUAUCUUAUAUUCCAACUUAGCAGGAUAAGCAUAAUACUUUCGAAUCUGAAUGUAAUCUUUAAUAACAUAAAACUGUAACUUUAGAACAAAUGGUUACUUCUUCAGAUGAUGUUAUUGAUUUUAGUAAUCAGAGACUUGUAGCUGAAAUGCAAAAAAGAAUAUAAGACCAAAGAUAAAUUCUCACACACAGGAAUUAACUAUUGGAUGCUCUCUAGAAAAACUUUUCUAUUCUUUAAACUCUUUGUCACAACCAGAAAGAGGAAAAUAGGUUUUACAAAAAGAAUAAUGAUAAGCUUAAGAAUGAAAAUCAAUUCAUGCAAAGUAAAUUGCAGGAAUUAGAGAAGCUAAAAUCCUUUAUGGAAGCUGAGACUUUGAGAUUUAAGGAAGCAGAACAGAAGUUCAAGAAAAUUGCAGAAGAAAACUCUUUCAUGAAAAUGUAGAUGGAGAGUCUGAACAGAUAACUUGAUAGAAAGAUCAAAGAACUAAACGAAGCAGAUUUUCAAAUGAAAUUAAUGAAGGCAGAGAAUCAGCAACUUAAAAAGGAGAUAGGGGAGAUAGAUGAUAAAUAUAGAGACAACCUUAAGGAAUAUUCAGUCAUGGAGGAUAAGAUUACUAACUAGCUUAUGCAAAUUAUGAAACUGUAGGCUCUAGCUGACGAACAAAAAGAGCAUCUCUUUGAGAAUGAGAAUGAAAUGUUCCUCAUGAAUAAUAAAAUCAAUUCUUUAGAUGAGGAAUUAAGAAAUACAAAUGAGCUCUACGACUAAAAGCAAUAUGAACUUGAUGCUAAGGAAAGAGAAUUAAAAAUUGCUUAUGACAAAAUAUAGGAACUUGAAUACAAUAACCUCCAGUUAACUAAGUAGGUGGAGCAGCAAUUGAAAUAAGAGAAAGACCUUGGGGAAAGAUACAGAAAGCUCUAAGAUGAUUUUAGUGCUAAAAUGGCUGAGUGGAAGCGAAAAGAAGAGAUACUAGGAGAAGAAAUUUUAGUCCUUAAGAUGAGCAAUGGUAAGCUUAUUGCUGACUUGGAGGAAUUCAAAGAGAAGUAGGAUAUAUAUAUGGCUUAAAAUGCAGACACAGUCUAAGAGCUGAAAGAAGAAAUGGAUCAUCUCAAGAAUUAGCUAAAUGAUGUCAAUGAGGAAAAUUAUGCCCUAAACAAGGAACUCACUGAAACUAAGAUCUUUAAUCAGAGAGAGGUUUAAGAUUUAAGGUAAUAGCUGGACACUGUUAGGACAGAUCUUGAAUUCGAGCUGAAUGAUAAGAAGGCUGAGCUAGAGGAGGUUAAGGACAGAGUGAAUACAUUAUUUGUUCAGAUCAGAUAGAGUGAAAAUCAAAUCGAGGCCUACAAACUAUAAGCUGAGACAAAAUAAAAGGAAGCAGCUGAAAGUAAUGACCUUAUGUAGAAAUAUAGGAAGGAUAAAAAUGAUAUAGAAAUUGAACUCAUUGAUCUUAAGUCCAUUUCUAAGGAUCUUUAGGAGUAAGUUGAUAAGUUUAAAAAGGAGUAGAAAUCUAUUGAGGAUAGAGAAAAAGCUAAAGUUCAGUUCCUUUUAGACUAAAAAGAUGAGGAAUUGUUAAGAGUAAAGGGAAUGAUAGGGGCUAAGGACUUAAAAAUAGAAGAAUUAAACGAUGAUAUCGGGCAAAGGGAUAGUACCCUAGCUGAAAAAUCUGCUCAUAUAUUUAAGAUAGAAUAAGAGUUGGCUGAAACUAAGCUUAAUCUAAGUUAUGUUGAAAGAGAUUUCAAGAGACAAGAAGAUGGAAUGGGCUCUAAAUUGAAGGAAAUGGACAAAUUAUACAAAGAAAAUGAAACUCUGAGGGAAGAACUUUCAAAUUUCUAAAAGAAUUAUGAUUUUGAGGAUAUUGAGUAAAAACUUUCACAUUAUAAGGAAAAGGAUGAGGCAAUUGAUAGAUUAUUUGAGAUAGUUUAAGAAAUCUGGAAUUCCAUGGAUAAUGCUUUUAGUUGUUCCAUUUGCUCAGAUGUAAUGAAUAAUUCUGUUAUUACAAUCGCUUGUGGCCACUCAUUCUGCUUUGAUUGUGUUGAUUAGAGAUAGGAAUAUAAGGAUAGAUGUCCAUAGUGCCAUGUUAAGAUCAGCGGAACUAUGGCUAAUUUUGUGAUUGACGAACUGCUUAAGAGAUAUAAAGAGAAAAAGGCUUUGAUUGUAGAGAUUACAAAAAGUGAGAUUUUUAAGAAGAAAAAGGAAUAGCAGUGA